CCGCCCUCCCGCUGAGCGGCGCUCGCGGCCCGGCCGGGAAGGCGGCCCCGGCCCCGCCUCUUCCCCCGCGGCCCAGCGGAACCGGGGCGGGCGGCGGGGCGGCGAUGAGCACCAAGCAGGUGACCUGCAGGUACUACCUGCAAGGAGUGUGUCGGGAGGGAAACAAGUGCCUGUUCUCGCAUGAUUUGGCCACGAGCAAGUCAUCUACUAUCUGCAAGUAUUACCAGAAGGGACAGUGUGCCUACGGAGCGCGGUGCAGAUAUGAUCACACCAGACUUCCUGCGUCAGGGGGUGCAGCAGCUCCUGUGCCACCUCCCCUUACAUCGGCAGCGCUGCACAGCCCUCGCCAUCCUCCUGAGUCCAACGCGCCAGUAAUCAAGAGCAAGCUGCGUGAGACUGGCAAACGGGAAAAGAAAACACUAGUGCUCCGGGACAGAAAUCUGAGUGGCUUGAAUGAAGAAAGGCAGAAGCCCAGUGCCACAAGUGAUGUGGUGUGUUGCAGUGACAAAAAUGAUAACGUAGAAAUGAAGCCCCAUUCGUAUCUGGAAGCUAUUUGCAGUGGACUGGAAGAUCCUGCAGCUGGAAGUUCUUGUGCUGAUGGAGAGCAGUGGUGUCCUUAUGCUGCAGCAGGAGCGUGUCACUUCGGAGAUCGCUGCCUUUACCUGCAUGGAGACGUGUGUGAGAUUUGUGGAUUGCAAGUACUUCACCCUUUUGACCAAGAACAGAGGAAGGCUCACGAGAUGAUGUGCAUGGCAACAUUUGAGCAUGACAUGGAGAAGGCCUUUGCCUUUCAGGCAAGUCAGGACAAAGUGUGCAGUAUCUGCAUGGAAGUGGUAUAUGAAAAGCCAUCAGCCUCUGAGAGGAGGUUUGGGAUCCUUUCCAACUGCAAUCACACGUACUGUUUGUCCUGCAUCCGGCAGUGGAGAUGUGCCAAGCAGUUCGAGAAUCCCAUCAUAAAGUCUUGUCCAGAGUGCCGUGUGAUAUCAGAGUUUGUCAUCCCCAGUGCGUAUUGGGUAGAAGACCAGGAGAAGAAGAAUGAGCUGAUUGAAGCAUUUAAGCAGGGAGUGGGAAAAAAACCCUGCAAGUACUUUGAACAAGGGAAAGGAACCUGUCCAUUUGGAGGAAAGUGUCUUUACCUUCAUGCCUAUCCAGAUGGGACUCGAGCUGAACCUGAAAAACCAAGGAAACAGCUCAGCUCUGAGGGGACUGUGAGGUUCUUCAAUUCCGUUCGUCUGUGGGACUUUAUUGAAGACAGAGAAAGUAGGACUGUGACCAGCACAGAUGAUCAAGUAACAGAACUUGGAGAACUUUUCAUGCACCUUUCUGGGGCUGAUGAGGAUUCUGCUACUUCUCAAUAAAGGCAACUAAAGUGAGUGUUUCAGGAAUGGGGCAUGGACGCUGCCUGUCUGUCGAAGACCAUACAAGUUCGACCAUACAAGUUCGGUUCCUACCAUUGUUUUAAAAUAAUGAAGCGUAUAGUGGCAGGAAAUGCCUCCUGGAGCACCUGUUGUAAAGCAAAUACAAUUGUACUAUAUCCAGGCAGAGAGCAGUAGUACUAAUACUGGAGUUAAAAAAAUACAGCUAAAUUAAUCUUACAGCACAAACUGGAUAUUACACACUGCAUAAUGAGAAUAAGUAGAUAACUUUCAGUAUUAAUUGCAACAGUAAUAACUUUUUUUCCAAAUGUAUUUAACUUGAAGGGAAAACCUUGAUUCAGGUUAAAUGAAGUAGCUAAAAUUGAAUGAGGUAACUAAAUAAUUUUAUAUCAGUGAUCUUACAGUUCAUAUCUAUACAACAUUAAAUAAUUUCAGUCACAAAAGAAACAAUUAGUUUUAACCACUACUUAUCUUAACUGUGUGGGGAGUAGAUAUUUAGCCUUUUCCAUCUCCAUGUAUUUCUUGGAUUCUGAGACACAUCCUUCUGAGUCUCAGCCCCAUUUCCAUGUACCUUCCAUCCCCAGUUGCAGCCAGCAGAUGCUGUUACUAAAAGCACAGGGAGAAGCUCCAACAUUUAUUACUUUUAAGUGUGGCAGUUCUGUAGGAGGACUGUCUCCAGCUGCUGAUUUGCCUUUUCUGAUUAAGGGCAACACUGAUAAUAGAGGGCCAGGAAGUUACACAUUAAAGCACAUAUCUUCUGAGCCAAUUGAAUUGUUACUGAAUUGUUUUUUUCUUUAAAAAUUUACUUCAUGUUUGAGUUGCAGAAGCUUUAUGAUUAAGUUCUGUUUUUUUAAUUACACUUUGAGCAGAAGUAAUUUACAGUAUGAUUGUGCAAUUUGUAAGAGGUUAUUUCUGCUAAGUCAUUUGUAUUAACUUUGCAGUUAAACUAAACUUUGGUCUGGACUAUCUUUUAAAUGGCUAGUGAAUGGCUUUUAAAUGGCUACUGAGCAUUAAUACACUGAGUACAAGCAAAGUUGUUUUUUUUUUUUCCCAAGCAAGUUCAGCAUGCAAUUUUAAAAUGAAGUACAGGGCUAAUUUUACUGAUACCUUUAUGAUGAGACUGCAUGGCCUUGAAAGGCUGCUCAUCAGUGCAGAAAAUAUUUAAAGACAAACAUUUCAGGAAAAGUGAUUAUUGACACAACAAAAAUUGUUGUGACACAAAGUAUAUUUAGAGGCAUUUGUGCAAAAAAACCUCUUGUCUCAGCACGGCAUCUCAAGCACUACUUUGAUGAUCUGAAACUAGAAUCUGUGUCAGUGUCAUAAAGCAAACAGCAGGAACCUUGAUCUGGUAUUCAAAAUUUUUAAAAUAGUACCAGAUUACUUACUCCAGGAUUACCUGCUUCAUCUGCUGUUUGGCAUUUCUGGGUCAAAACUAAAUCCGAGAAGCAUCUGGGAUAAAAGUACUAGUUUUCUGUAAGGGUUCCAACAGAAGAGGGAGAAAUCCUCUCUCUGCUGGUUAACAGUUCCCUCAAAUUGCACAGACACAUCUUGCUCUCCGUUGUGAUCUAGGAAACGUAACUUUUGCGUAUUUCCACACUAAUUGUUAACAAUGCUUACUGUGAAGCUAGUCCUUAGCUUGUAAACAUGUAUAACUACUUACCUUUCAACUUCCUUUUUAGAACUGGCAUUUGAAGGCACAAGUGAUGGUCUUAAUCUAGUAUGUCAUAUUACAAUAUAAUUCUUCAUCACUAAUUAAUUACAGAGAUGAAGAAAAAUAAGUACCUCUAAGAGCAAUGCAGUUCUGUAAGAUGAAUAUUCAAGAGCUCCAGCCCAGCCAUACCUUCUACCCUAAAAUACUUGCACCCUUUAGCCUUACUGCUGAAGCUUUUUUCAGCCAGUCCUGCAUUUUUUUUUAGAGAGAAAUAUUUCAGUGGUGACAUACAAAAAAAAAAAAAAAAAACAAUUGAGAGGAUAUUCUUUACCUUAAAGUUAAACAAGACAUUCCUGAUUUACUUUGCUCCAUGAAAACAAACUGGGAAAACAAAAAUCUGAAAUUUAAAAAGGUAACUUGUUUUUCAAAACUACCUAGGGAUUACAUAAAGGGAACUUUUAAUGUAAGAGCAGUAAGACAAACUCACACCUUUUUAAAUUCUUCAUUUUACAGCUUUCAAAAUCUAACGCUACACCUAAUACUGGUUCAAAAUAAUCCUCUUGCUUUUAUCAAGAAUGUUUUUUAGUUUUUCCAGAGAUACAUAACCUGUUUUUAAAAAUUAGGAGUUAAUAGUUCCUCUUUUGGAAUUCAGUGCUAAGGUAAGAGCAGCUUUCCACUUCUUUUUAUCCUUCUUAAACUUUUUCAAAUUAAAAUGAAGGUAAAAUGAGAGACAAAGGACAUUUAGAGAGGGCUACGUUUAAAUAUCAAGAACAUUAAUAAAAAGCAUGCAGAACUAUACAGGACUGUUUUCUAAACAUGUCCUAAACAUGAAUUUUGUCAUCAUUCUCAAUUACAAGGGUGGAAAUAUUAUUCCCUAGGCAAUAACGUUAUGCUGAUAUUCUGAGGACAAAGUCUAAAUAUUUUUAUGGUAGUACCUUUCUGGCUUACGUACUUCAGAUUCCUUUCUUUCAUAAUUGCUUUGUGUUUUUUCUUUUUUUUGUUUUUGCUUGCUGAAAAUUAGAAGCUGAAAUGUCUAUUUUGACAUUACAGGCAGUUAUGAGUUGCAUAUGGAAGAUGUCAAAAUUCAUGGCAAAACAAAUCAUCUCCAUUUUGCCUAACAAAUUUUAGAGGCAGCAGUUUAGACUGAGAUAACAGUGGUUCCAUUUCCUCACUAGACCUUGUACAUGGAUACAAACCCCAUACUUACAAAGCACAUAAAAUCCCAAGAAUGGAAAUUUGGCUUCCAUUAAUGAACAUAUUUGAAAAGAAUGCUAUUUAUCAGUAAUUCUUAGAUUAAACCACCGAUUUCUUGUCACCUGCAUAUCAGCCAAGAGAAAACACGCACUACCUAAGCAAAAAAACAGGCUUACAGAAGAUGAAACAGAGCAAAAAUGGUGCAGUUAAGUAGCUUGAUAGUGUAUCAGUAUAGGUACGUUAAAAAGUAGACUCUGCUGAAAGAUUAUUCCAGUAGAAUAAAAACCAUAUUGUAAUGCAAGUGAUCAGAAACUGACAGGUUGUCAUAUCAAGUAUGUUUUACCUGUUUUUACCAUUUUUACUGGUACAGUAGUAUCUGUCCUAAGAACUUCUCAAAAUUAUUAUUUUUCUGAACUUUUCAGAUCUACACGUAUGUGUCAGAAGUAUUGCUUACUAUAUUAAAUGAUGACAUUGAAUCUUAAACCUAAAAUUUAAUUUAUUUUAUUAAAAUAAGAUAAUCAGAGGAACCUUGGCUUACAAUAAAUGCAUUUUCUCAGGAGCAAUAAAAACAAAAUUAAAACCCAAAUCAGCAAGAAAAACUGUGUAUGCUCAGUUUCCUCUUGAUAGUGCAUCUCUGACAGCUUCAGAUGGGAUGAAAACUAUGCUCAUUUCGCAGAAGUAUACUGAUACUGUUAAUUAGCCUUUUAUCAGCCACAAAAGCCUGUCUUUCUGCACUUACCACCUCAUUGGGCUGCAAGAAACAAGUCAAUAGUACCAAAAUAAGCUGCUUAAGUUACUGAGGAUGACCAUAGCAAGACUGGCUAGCUUCCUUCUCUGAGCAGUACAGUUUAGAAUAUACUCCAUUCCUUUGCAAGAGUUUGUCUUCUAUGUGCAAAACUAUUGCAAAACUAUUUCGUGUUGAAUUAGCAUUUUAACUUAUUUCAUUGGCUUGAUGAAAGCUCUUAGGCAGGAGCUGAUUUCCACAAAGUUUUUUGUUUUUUUUUUUUUUUCCUCUUCCCUCAGUCUUGUUUGCAGAUACCCAUUUCCAGCAAAACUCCCCCGACUUGAAGUGGCAGAUGGCCUGGAGCAAUCAAAGAGCACCAAAACGCAUUAUCUUUCCUCAAAUGCCAAGUCGAGCCAUCUUUGCUGUAAAAAAUACCAAUUUAUCAGCAGAUUUAAAUCAAUCCAGAAACACUGCCGAAGAAAGAUCCAUCUCUUCUGUGUAUGGGAAAAAUAAGGCUCAAGUGCAUCUAUUAAAAAAAUAGUAAUAG